AUGGUGUGGAUAGAGGCACUGGCGGGCGUAGCGUUCGCAUCGUUCAUCAUCCCCUUCCUCCUUGCUGCCUUCGUGUGGAAGAGACAGGACCUCAAGAAGAAGUACGAUUGCGAGUGGGCGCUGGUCACGGGUGCAUCGAGUGGUAUUGGGAAGGUUCUCACGGAGAAACUUUGUCAACAGGGAAUCAAUGUCGUCAUGGUAGCCUUGGACGAUUCUUUGCUCGGUGAGAGCUACGAAGAAUUGAAGAAGAGGUAUCCGGAUGUUCAGAUCCGAAAAGUUGGGGCAGAUCUUAGUCGUGAAGGAUACAUGGAGAAAAUUAAGGACUCGACGAAGGACAUAUCCAUUACUUGUGUGUUCAACAAUGCAGGAUACAUUACCACGGGGAUGUUCGCUGAUGUUCCAAUAGAGAAGCAUCUGCUCAACCUUCAUUGCAACUCCACAUGCGCCGUUCAGAUCACGCAUCACUUCCUGAACAAGAUGCUCGACUCUGGCAAGAAAGGGCUGGUCUGCUUCACGUCCUCUCCAGCGGGGUGCAUGCCAAGUCCGUUUGCCGCCAUCUAUGGAUCGUCCAAAGCAUUCCUGACAGAGUUCGCAACGUCCUUGGCUCCCGAAGUGAAGUACAACGGCGUCGAUGUCCUUGUUGUGCAUCCCUCUCCGGUGGCCUCCAACUUCUACAACUCAGUACACAAGAUUUCCUCCAUUGCUUUCUUCCAGAAGACUGUCCGGGGCCCAGAGAACAUCGUCGAAUACAUGUUUGCAGGAGCUGGAAGGACUGUGAUUGUGGAAGAGGGGUAUUUCUGCUUCUUCGUGAGAGGAGUGCUCUUGAAGCUGAUUGACGUGGCCUUCCUGACCAACAUCAUCACUCGCUGCAUCCAUCUCAACGCUGAUUACAAGAAAGUGACUGUCCAGAGGAAGAAAUCCAAUUGA